AAUAACCGGUCUAACGAAGCAGCUAGACGAGGUAAAAUGGAGGAAAUCUAACAAUUCACCUAUCACAUCUGGUCAGGAUGACUACAUCAUUGAUACUGGUGACUACAAUGAUGGCUCACAAACAACGGCUCUAACAGUCCCUGGUGCACUGAAUGAGGCUGGUUCUACUUACACCUGUCUGGUGACGUCUGAAGAAUGGGCUGUUGAAGACAAAUCUGCAAUUGUAAUGUUGGAUGUUUUCACUCUGACUCCGACUGAUAGAGAAGUGACCACGGAAGUUGACCAAAAGUUGACAUGUUCCAUCAGCGGAUUAACACCCAACGAGCCCGCUGCAGUUGUUACCUGGACCGAUCCUGAUGACGUCAUCGUAACACUCUCUAACGAGGAGUACUCUAUCAGUCAGGGAACAGUGGACAGCACAGGAACUCAAGUGGCAGAACUUACCAUCACCCCUGUAAAGUUGGGCACCCUCGCUGUCACCUCUACUUACAAGUGUUCUGCUCAGUCAGGCAAAUAUCCUACUUCUCCUUUCUCUCCCAGUCAAGGGGUCCUGGUUACGGUUUUAUCGAUAGUAUCACAGUCUACAGGAUCAGAAGUGCUGGCUGGACAGGAAGCUAUCAUAUCCUGUGCCUUCACCGGCAUAACCCAACAGCUAGACUCCAUAACCUGGCUCAGAUCUGAUGGUACCCUAGUGAGCUUUCUCGACAACUUUGAGGUAGAGGUGGGAGACUACAACAAGGCUGAUAACUCCCAGGUGACCACAUUGACGGUGCUUGGGGCGGAGAACUCGGCUGAUAAUAUCUACAUCUGCCAGUAUACUUCGGUCGAGUGGGCUAGGGUUGAUGAUAGGGGCACGACCGUUCCAAUUAAUGUCUUUGCUGUCCUACCCCGCGGAGAGGAAUUCUCAUUCGCUGUGACACCAAGUGGAGAGGAGAUAAGUACAGCCACCCCUCAGACAAUAUCAUGUGAUAUCUCUGGUUUGAGUGCUCCUGCUGACAUCAUCUGGAUAAAACCUGAUGGAAUUGAGGUGGAAAAGGAUGACACUGCAAAUUACCUUGUUGAAGAUGGGAGAGAUACUUUCGUGGAAGAUGGAGGAUUCCAGACAACAAAGCUAACCCUGAAAGUACCUGUGGUGGAGAAAGCAAGUUCUGUUGUGACGUACAGAUGUUCGGUGCAAUCAGAGGAGUUCUCCAAAAGUCCAGCUUUUUCAACUGAUGUUGUUAUUGAACGAAAAACAUACACGAUAACAGGAGCAAGCCGUGAUGUGCUGGCAGGAAGUGUUGCAACUCUUACCUGCUCCGUCACUGGAUCCUCUGUAGCCGAGAUGGGAAUAGUAUGGGUCGAGGAGAACGGUAAUGUCUACGCUGCUUCCAACAUAAAUACUGACAACAAGGUCAAAGAAAGAAUAGUCGGAGAGAACUCAAAAGAGUCCACGUUGAAGCUGUCUAAGAAGGUGACUGUAAACAAGGAUCAAAUCUUCAAAUGUAGAGUCACUCUGGAAGAGGGCACUGACCCAGUUGAGAUAGAGGUUCCUCUGAAGACAUUUACAGUUACCACAUUCGGGGUCGAGAUCCAAUCUGGACAACCAGCCACUCUGACCUGCAAAGUUAUUGAGCCCACUGACACUCUGGAAGUGACUUGGUACUACGAUGAUGGUUUGGAGAUAGGUGCUGGUACGCAGGAGACCAUUUCAGAUAACACAAUCGUUGCAAAGCUGACUCUAGAAUUCCCGAGAAAUGAUGCCAACUACACUUGUAGAGUUACCGGAGAGUAUCGAUAUGAAUUUUACGCCGAAGUGCUGAUAGAUGACAUUGUUUUGAAUCCUGCAGGGGAAAUUCGUUCAUUGACUGGAUCAGAGGUUAUUUUGACUUGCAGCUUCAUUUCAGAAACAAUCAGUGAGGGUUUCUUCCAGUGGAAGCACAACGAAGAAAAGUGCACCACAGCUGCAUGUUUAUCUCCGACUGAGACUCCAAUAUUAUCAAUGGUAAAGAUCACUGUUGAAGAUGGCACCACAGGAGAAUGGAAGUGUUCUUUCGUCAAAGCAAAGAACAGCAGAGAAGUAAAAAGCGAGGCGGUAACAAUUACAAAAGUGGAGUUGAGUGGCACCCAGACUCCAGCCUCGUUGUGGGGCUUAGUUGGAAGCGAGGCGGAAGUUUCGUGUGUUGUUCCUUACGGACUGACCUUUUCAAAGCUUACACCUGAUAACAUUGAAUGGAUUUUCAAUCGAUACGCGAUUAGCGAACAAGGUGUUGGCCUUAACCAAAAUAAUGAAGUGUCUUUCUUUUCAUUCGGCGAAAAGGUUACAUCAGCAACAUCUCUGACAUGGUCAAUAACCUUCUCUCACACAGAUACAUCAGUAGGGUCACUAAAGUGCAGAGCAACCUAUGAUUCGGGAGAGCAGAUAGAAACCUCGCCCAGCUACCUUAACUUGAUAACUUCAUCAUCAGAUGUGGAAUCAAUUGUUAUUACUCCGACUACUGGAGCUGUAGUAACUUUCAUCACCCAAGCUAAGGUAUCUCCCACAUCAAGCAUAGUAAUGACCUCUGGAAACUUUCAGAUUCAGUCCACUGAAGAAGAAGCCAUCUGCCGAUGGUAUACUUUUCACGGAAGUUGUUGAAUUUUCAACUAACUCAGUUGACGAGGCGAACUCCAAGGAGGAUCUGUCAGUAAAACACUAUCCUUACACUUACACUGUCUAUUCAGACCAACCAGACGAAAUAUCAGUCUCGGGAACAGCUUCACUGGUCGGGGAGACUUUCGUGGACAUUGCACCAGUUUGGGUUACAGUCGGUGGGAGGGCAAAGUUCACAGCUUACUUAACUGCUGUCGAUAGAGCUAGCGUUAAAGUGACUUGGGAGCAGCAGGGUACAAAUGGGUGGAUUGAUGUCAUCGCAAAUGGGUACUCUAUUUUAUUAUCUGAACUAGACGACAAGAAUGUGAUGUCGACAGUUCUCUUAAUAGAUGAGAUGGGACAAACUGACAUUACAAAAUACCGGACCCAAGUCGAGGUGGCAGGUUCUGUUAGGACAACGGAAUCAGUGACUGUUAAAUUUGCCUCCGCCAUUGUUUCAGAUCAAUUGUUGGCUGUUUUUGAGCGCGGAUCUAUUUCUUUUACAGUAACGAUAAUAGGCCCUAGCAAACCUACAAAUGUGGUGUUAAAACAUGCGGAGAGUGGCAAGGAAAAACAAGUUGAUCUGACAAGUGUUCCAUCAUCAAGUCCUUUCCAGAUAUCGCACCAAAUUGACGAAGUUUACGCCGGUGAUCAAGGAUCAUACUCUUUCAAAGUGACAUUCGAUUCUCGACUGAAAGUGGAGUCGGACACAGUGAAGUUGGUAGUGCAGAGAAAAUGCAAACCCUUUACAAUUCCUCCAAAUACUCAACUUGCAGAGGUUGCUAUUCCGGAUUCCAAUGAUUAUAAAAUAACUGUUACCUGCAUUCAGGGAUCUUAUGUCCUCAUGAAUGAGAGCCGAACAGGGGCUGUUUGUGAUACAGAUUCUGGUGCAUUUGAUACAUAUCAUCUUAGUCCUUGUUUUAGAACUACUGAAGUUCCUGCAGAAGAACCAGAAGAUGAUGAAUCUCACAAUUCAGAAGAACCAGAAAAUGAUGAAUCUCACAAUUCAGAAGAGAAUCCUGCAGAUGAUGAAUCUCACGAGAAUCCUGCAGAAGAUGAAUCUCACAAUUCAGAAGAGAAUCCUGCAGAUGAUGAAUCUCACAAUUCAGAAGAGAAUCCUGCAGAAGAUGAAUUUCACAAUUCAGAAGAAAAUCCUGCAGAAGAUGAAUCUCAUAAUUCAGAAGAUAAUCCUGCAGAAGAUGAAUCUCACAAUUCAGAAGAGAAUCCUGCAGAUGAUGAAUCUCACAAUUCAGAAGAGAAUUCUGCAGAAGAUGCUUCAGGAGAAUCGGAAGGGAAUCCUGCUGAUGGUGCUUCAGGAGAAUCGGAAGAAAAUCCUGCAGACAAUUCUUUAGGAGAUUAAACAGAAAUUAAACAAGAGUAUUGAGCAGACAAUCCAGUAAAGAUUUAUAAGAAGGUCUUGCAGAUGAUUUAGCAAAAAUGCUUCAUGAAGUUAAGCAAAAAAGCAGUCGCCAAUCCUGCUGAGAGUUCGGCUAAAUGAUUGAGCAGAAGAUUCAACAGAAGAUUCAGCCGAGGAUCAAGCAGCAGAAGACCUGAAAGACGAAUCAAUAUAUUCGUCAGAACACAUAAAAUUUGAUGCAGAGCAUUCUUUUUUGUGAUACAUUUUAUUUUAACUUACAAACUGUUAUUGAAUAAAACUUGCAUCGUAUAUUGCUAAUUUUUCUCCCCAAACUUAAUGGCAUAUAUUAUCACUUUUGGAAAAUCCAAUCUCUUCCAUUAUGAAUGGCUCCAGUUCUUUUUACAUUUUUUAUAAUCAUAUGCAAAAUCUCAUUGCUAUAAAUUGUUUCACAAAGGUCAUGAAUAUUUUAUUGAACUGAUCAUUAAAAUGAAAUAUCCAUGAAUUAAAUGACAAACCGUACUGUUCCAUUACUAAGUCGAUUAUGUUAAUGGUAAAUAUGGUAAACCUUUUUUAUGUUAUCGAUAUUUAUUAUAUUGCAUAAUUGUUAAUGUUAUAAAUGAGUCGCACUGUAUUUUGAAUAAAUUGAUUUAUGAUUUAUUGUUGUCUAACUCUAAAGUUAAUUAAUUUUGAAUGCCAUAUUUUUAUACUUUAUAUUAAUG